AUGGCUGAUUUCUUACACAACAAGAAGACCUCGGCCGAGUCACAGCCACAGUACUCACCUGGGGACGUGAACGGCGACUUUCAUCAUCCUAGAGCAGACGGGUCUGAAUCAUCGUCCUGCUGCUGGUACGCCGCACCGAACCGCAAGCGACGCCGAGAAUACCUCACGUACGCCGUGCUCGCCAUCGCAGCCACUUUCAUAAUACCCGCCCUCCUCGCCCUCGGUGUCAGUGUCGGGGUGAUCGUCAUCUGGCCGAUCUUGCAAACGAUGGCAGCCUCCCUCCCAAACCAGACUGCAGCCGUUGCCGCACCGUCACUCCUACAGACCUCCCCGGGAGCUUUCAAAGCUGGGUCGGAAUUCCGGUGUGGCAAUUCCCCGGCAGAGGCACGCAGCAUGAACUGUGUCUUCGAUCUGAUGUCGGCGGCGUGGCUACCUCGGGAUUGCUUCGACCAGGAGCUUAACGCCGAGUUCAUGGAACUUGACCCGUGGGAAUUCUACACAAGCGACGCACCUGUCUACGACCUUAGAGACGUCCCGGACAGCCAAAAGACGCUGCUGGCAGGCCCGGAAGCCAUCGGAGACUCGCCCGGAUCGCUCUGGACUUCACGACGGUUCCACAUCACGCACUGCAUAUAUUCCUGGAAGCAGAUGCACAGGUCGAUCGAAAGGGGCUGGAAGAUGGAAGGGACGUUGGCGACGUACCAUCAUACGGAGCAUUGCUCAACUGCACUGGCAAACACCAGUGUCCCGUUAGAUGCGAUUGUAACUAGAGUAGAGAUCUCGUUCCCGGCUUGUUGA